AUGUUGAAAAUAACGAUCGCUGUAGGAAGAGGAACACAAGUCUUCUCUUCGCUGCGGCACGGACGAAGUCCCUGUAACAUCGCACGCCAAUGUCUUGGUAGGUUAGAUGCAAAGUCGCAGAUGGACUCAAGUCGCCCGUCGUCGACAUUUCUCAAUAAUAUCGGCAGCGACUGGUGUCGUACUCACCAUUUGGUCCGAUGUUACGCAAAAAACAAAGACAAGAAAAGCAAUAAAGGUCAGAAAAAAGUAUCCAUUGAUGAGAACUUUUUGGCUGAGCACUUUAAAUAUAACACCAUGAAAACCGAAAUGGAAAAGGCUGUGGCUGCAUUAAAAAAUAACUAUAUUAAAAAUCUAUCCUUAAGAUCUUCUACAGGAGCAUUGGAUUCACUACCAGUUACAUUUGAAGGUGAUGAAUAUGUUAUACAAGACUUAGCACAGAUUGUGAGAAAAAAUCCUAAAACAAUAAUUUUGAACAUGACAUCUUUUCCACAAGCAAUUCCAGCGGUUUUGGAAUCAUUAAAAGCUUCUGGUAUGAAUUUAAAUCCCCAACAAGAUAAAACUUCCAUAUUUAUACCAAUACCUAAAGUUACAAAAGAACAUAGGGAAAACUUAAGCAAAGGUGCAAAAGCACUUUUUGUCAAAACUAAAGAUUCUAUUAAAGAAUUACAAAACAAAAAUAUCAAAGUAUUAAAAGACAAUGAUGCAUUAGCGACAGAUUUGGUUCACACUUUGCAAGAUCAGAUUACUGCAUUGGCUGAUAAAUAUGUACUGGAGGCACAACGAAUAAUGGAAGAAAAACAAAGUGAACUUAAAGGUGAUUCAUAG